AGAAGUUUCAGGGACAACAACAUUCAGACGAAAGAAGCUGUUGUGGAGUUUAUCAACAACAAGAAGGCAGAUUUCAAGCUCGAAGUAGAAUCAUCGCCAUUGCACGCUGGAGGUCCCUCAGCUGCUUCUGUCAUAUCAGAAUGUAGUGUUAGCAGUUUACCAAGUGAUGCGCAUCGCCUCGAUCUCGAUUAUUCCCGACUCAAAGCAGAACACCGUAAACUACAGCGUCAUCUGGAGGCAGUUCGUCACGAUCGUUAUCGCGCCCCUGACGUUAAAGAAGCUGUACGUCGACUGCUCAAGUUGUUAGAUGCUGCUAUAGAUAUUAUCGACGGAAAUGUGAUACUAGCCGUUGUUUUAUUUUUGAAAAGCUCAUUGAUGGAUUCGCUGUUUCGGGACCUGUUGCUGAGGAAACCGCAAGCUGCGGACGAGUACGUAGCCUAUUUGAAAACGGCAAGAGACUACGAUGAAUUGACCACCACGCUAUUCGCCCUCGGAAGGAACGCUGAUGCAGCUAUGGUGGAAUUCUCCGCAGCGAUUCGGCAUCAGGUUCCCGACCAGAAGGUACAGGCUUUGAAGAAAUGUGUACGGAGUGGCUUCAGUGAUCCCACGCUGGGUGCAGAAACGGCCGUUGUCACUGACUAUAUCAGCCUUUUAGAGCGGCAAAUGCCUAUCAAUGCUGCUGAUGAUCAAAGCAAAAAUACCAUUUUCUCCGCAUUCCCGAAAAAUGCAUCUCUUGUGGGAAAACCUGUCAUUGCCACGUAUUACUACUGUUGUCUUUAUCACUACGAUGACCCAAGCGGUAAGUUUUCCUAUUUGCUUCAUUCUCCUCUCGUGUUCUGUAUAUAA